CCAGGAACAAGCUCCGCAAGUUUCCACUCUGCAGAGUUAAACAUUUCUAAUUUGAUUGUGAGAUGCAAUGUGAUACAUUUGAGAAAAAUAGCGCAACAGGCACAGCUCGGAGUCGGAGCUAAGUUUAUGUAAUUUCAGUAUGUGCUCAGACAGAGGAGCGAGCUUCAGCAGUCAGGAAAGGUGGAAGAAAAAAAAAGUGUUCCUCCCAGCUCAUUGGUCCAAAAUCUCCCUGUGCUGCCACGAUUCUGCGCACACGUGACGUCCCUGUUUUCACCCACUUAACGCAUGUACUUAAACCAGGAGCAGCACCAUUCAGCAGCAUCAACACGACCAGAUCUGCAUUAAUGUCCACGAGAUAAGCUCGCAGCAGAGGAGGGGGGUUCGGAUCGCAGGAGGUGGACAAUGGCGGCUGCCACGAGCAGCAACACAUCCCCAGCCCCGCUUCAGAUGAAACACCCCAGUAUGGACAUGGAGCAUACGCGGAAACGCAUGGACCCGAGGAGGAGGCAAGCGGCGCUGGCUUUUCUCAGCAACAUUUCUCUGGACGGCAGACCCGUGCAAGACGACGCAGACAAUCAGAACCAGGAGGAGAACUCCCUGGAAGCACGGACUAGACAGCAGAGUCUGCUUUCUCCGGAGCGCUCCGCGGCGCACGGUGCUGCUGGCACCGUCGAGACGGCUGCUACUGCGGCUGCUCCCACCGCCACCCAGGCGCUCGCUUUAGCCAACCAGGCUCGCCUUGCCAGCAGCUGGGGCAGUGGGACGGGUCCUGCUACUGCUGCCCCGGCGGAUACCGACUCGGAGGGCGACGCAUUCACGCCCUCGACGGUCAACUCGCCUUUCUCCGCGCUCCCUCCCUCGACCAGAGGGAGGCUGCAGACCUACACUCAGGGAAUUUUACCUGCACACUACUCCAGGCAGUUCUCCCCGAGCUUCUGCCUGGAGGGCGGACAGAUAGAGCAGCAGAGGUCAAGACGAAGGCUCAUCUCGCAGAGAUCGUCGCUCGAAACUCUUGAGGACAUCGAGGAGAACGCUCCUCUUCGCAGAUGCCGAACCCUCUCAGGUUCACCCCGACCAAAGAGCUUCAAGAAGAUCCACUUGGUAAACAACAUGAAGCAACACGAUAUGCGCAAUGGAAGGAUAGUCCUUAUCAGUGGCAGAAGAUCCUUCUAUAGUGUAUUUUCUGUCCUGCCGUAUCGAGAUUGUAGCCAAGCAGGGGAUAUGAAGGCAGAGGGGCGUCAGCGGCACCCAUCGGGAGGUGUAAGUGCCAAGGAGAUGGUGAUUGGGCUGGAGGGAGUGGAGUUGGGGGCAGAUGGAAAGACUGUGUCCUACACCCAGUUCUUGUAUCCCACCAAUGUGUUGGGUGGCCGAAGGAACACGAUCGACUCCACCUCGUCCUUCUCUCAGUCCCGUAAUGCGAGCCACCGCAGCCUGAGUUUGGGCCGAGCCAACAGCAACCAGAGCAGCUUAGACACAGGGAACGACUUUGGAGACUUCCGCGAGUACGACCCCAACCUGCUGGAUGAUCCGCAGUGGCCUUGUGGAAAACACAAAAGAGUUCUCAUCUUCCCCUCUUACAUGACGACGGUCAUUGAAUACGUCAAACCUUUUGACCUCAAGAAGGACAUGAAUGAGACUUUCAAAGAGAAGUUCCCUCAUAUACGACUCACCCUCAGCAAGAUAAGAAGCUUGAAAAGAGAGAUAAAAAAACUGGCUCAGGACGAAUGUGGCUUUGAGGAGCCAACAGUGGCCAUGGCUUUUGUCUACUUUGAAAAACUUGUUCUUCAAGGCAAACUAAACAAACAGAAUCGGAAGCUCUGCACUGGCGCCUGCGUCCUUCUGGCGGCGAAGAUCGGCGGUGACCUCAAGAAACACGAAGUUAAGCUUCUCAUAGAUAAACUGGAGGAGAGGUUCAGGGUGAACCGCAGAGAGCUGAUAGCGUUUGAGUUUCCUGUCCUGGUGGCGCUGGAGUUCAACCUGCACCUGCCAGAACACGAGAUCAUGCCCCACUACAGACGCCUCCUGCAGACCUCUUAGCGUUGGUGAUCCAUCAGGAGGACGGGUGCCUGGGCUCUCCUCCUGAUCCUCUGUUUCCAGUAGCCUCCAUCCCUCAGCCUCACUCUGAGCUCAUCACUACAGAUAACAUUCUCCUUCCCCUCACAGAACUGCAAUUUGCCAAAAAGACACAUUUUCUAACAAAUAUUUCUACAUUCAUCAUCACUACUCGAACCUCCAAUUAGAGAGGUUCUCAUCUUUACAUAACUUUGUAUUAUUAACUUUUUGGGAUGGAUCACUUUUCCCAUUUUUCAUCAGAUUUUUUUGUAAACUUGGGUUCUGAUUGUUAGAUCUUCACCUUCCUGAACAAAAGCCUUCUAACUCUCAUCUCUAAAGUGCACUUUUAACGUAAUGCAAGACAUGUUUGUUUUAGACUAUUAACAAGCUCGGGAAUUCAAACCUUGCAAAAGAAAAAAGAAGCAUUAUUCAUAAGCACCGCACACCUUUUUUCCACCCAAAAUGCUUUUCUAGUCGCAAAGAUCUGCACGAAGAGUUGUGAAUGUUUCUACCUGCAGAAAAGAUGCAAUCUCUCUUUUUCUUCAUAGUUUCUACUGUUUUCUGUAGACCCCCAGAGACCAACCUUUCUCAGCAUCAGAGCUCCUGUACUCUAUGUUAGAGUGUAUUUACAGCAUGUUUUAAGCUGCUUUAAGAUGGAAUAUGUUAAUGAGUCUGGAUAAAAAUACUUAUAACCAGUGAUUUUUAACCAGGUAGGUGUUCUCUUUAUGAUUUAUAUGAGACAUUUGUCUUUAGAUGACCUCUGUGAGGAAGGACAACCUCUAAAACAAGGACUCGAUGAUGACUAUUGAAACUUGAAUGUAUCGAUUUGAAAUCUACAGUUUCUUAAAAAUAAAAAAUCAUCCAUUUUAUCUGUUAAAAUGAACCAUACUGCUAGAUUUUUCCUUUUCAUAGCUUAUAAUCUG